AUGUAUUUAUAUACCAGUAAUAUUGCAUUCUCCACAAAUGUAAGAAAUGUUAACAAGCAUUUAUCGAACAAUUUAUUUUCCUUAUCAUCUAAAUUGUUUUUUAAAAAUGAAUGUUACCCAAAUUAUUUAAACAACUUUAAACGUUUGGAAAAUCUUAAUGCUAUUUUUUUAACCAAAAAUACCAAUAUUCAUAUAAUUGGUAAAAAAUAUUUUUCAGACCAAUCAAUAAUUAAUUCAAUUCAAAAUGCAAAAAAUGAUCUAGAUAGAGCAUCAUUGUAUUUGCUUCAAAAGUCAAUUACCAAUAAUUGUAAAAUUUUAAGCCAGGAAAAAAAAACACAUUUCCAAAAUGUAAUUCAAGAGUUAAAUAUUUUAUUGACUUAUAAAUCGAAUUUAACAGAGGAAAGACAAAAAAUAUUAACUGAAAAGAGGUCAGAACGGUAUAAAAAUAAGGAAAUUAUUGGUUUAUUUAUAACUGGUUUUUUUUUUGCUGUUGGUUCAGUUACUCAUCCUUUGGUUUAUUUGGCAAGUAUCUAUGGUAUUUACAUAUUACGUAAAGCCUCGAAGGAAAACAAUGACAUGCUAUAUAUCGAAAAGAGAUUAAAUGAUAACAAGAACAAAUUAUUAGUAAAUCAAAAGGAUAUACACAAUAUUUUAACUAAACUUGAGAAUGAUUUAAUAAAAAUAAAAUAA